UUCCAUCACAAUCAUUGCAACGACCGCCAGCUCCGUUGCAGCCCCACCAACGGCUCGACGCUACCGCGUCCACGUCUUCCGCCAGUGCGAUAGAACCUGCCGGCCGGCCCGGCUGCAGUACGCGUCAAGACAUGCGGCCAGCGUGAGGCAAGCACGGUAAGCCUGCCUCCGGUGGGUUGGCUGUAUGCCCAAUACAAUCUCCGCGCUAUACAAGGGCCCGCCGGCAUGGCAAAGACCACAACAUGGCAAACACAGAUGCCACUCCUGCUGAUACUGGCGCUCGCGUUGCCCUGCCUGUGCUCUGCGGGGUCGGCGAGCCCUCGAAGACGCCGCGAGGUCUUCAAACGCGCCCGACCGCCAGGAGGAGACAACGACGGCGGAAGACCAAACACGGGCCUCCAGCUGGUUACCACUGGAAGCGACGAAACCGGCACCAGACUGAACGACACCGCCGAUAGGCCUAAGAAGCGAUGGCCGCGCCUUCUGGACGUCGGCCGGCUCUUGCAGCUGGUCCUGUCACCAUCCCGCAACGUCAGCGAUCGCCACCGAGGAGGAGGCAACAAGUCCCACCAGCACGAGCAACCGGUGAUGAGCCGGCACAUCGACGCGUCCAUGGCUGAACUGGUGGCUGUGCAGACGUUCGACGGGAGCGUCGUUUGGAUCGACGCCAAGUUCGUCAACGAAUCACACGGCGCCAAUCGUAGGCGACGUCGCCGGACGAGGCCCUACAGCAUCGAAGAGAGGCUCGCGCUGAUCAUACCGGUGGUCGCCUUUGUGCUGCCAUUCCUCAUUUGGCUCAGCUGCAUGGUGAUCUGCGUCGUGCGAGCCUCUGUCACGGAGGCGUACUAAUAGAACAGACACGCACUCGCGUCGAAAGUGCGUGUCGAAAGCGACGAAAGUGCAACGAAGGGUCACGUGUCGCGAGCGCUGCGUAAGACGCGCAGUUUAGGAAAAGGUCACGUUGUCUACGUGAUCCUAAGAUACUGCCGGGAGCAGUACUUUAGCUCUUUUUCGACAGAAUUCGGGAACUUCGAGCGGGUGUGACGGUUCCGCUGUUCCCUCCAUCUUGAACAUGAAGCGCUGUGUGCAGAUGCUGCUAGCCGUGGGGGAAAGUGGCUUGCAUUGUAUUCCGUCUGUAUUUUUAUUACACUUUCCAAUACACAUAAGUGAAUCAGGAAGUCCUACGAAGUCUCUUCUCGACAACCUGCUUGUUUAUCUGCGCGUGUCCAGAAUAGGUUUGUCCGCGCGUGGCCCUAUAGCCAUGGUGCUUGGAGCAUAUGCGAACAAACGAAGAAGCCUUUGCCGGAAUUGCACAUUCUAACCGACCUUCGUCUCUGUCGUGAACUCUGGAGGGAAACAAACGAGAGAAGAAAAAAAAAAAAAAGCUUCGCUAUAAGAAAAAUGUAUUAAAAUUAAUGGUUACGCGAUUCCACUCGUUUCAGUCUAUACGCAACAAGUGCUGGGCUGCACUGCAAGCGUUCGGGAGCGUACAUAUGCAAUAAUGAACGAGUGCGAAACAGUGACGAGAGCGAUACAAAAACACAAAUGAAGAGAAAAGGCGAUUUUAUGUGAAUUCCUGC